AUGAUAGACUUAACUAAAAGUGUGGAAGAGUUUGUUAUAAACUAUAACUUAAAUGAAGCUAAAAGUGAAGAAGAAUCAUUAAAGAUUAGUAACUCUUUCCAAGAGAAUCAGUUUAAGCUGAUAGAAUUUAUCAAAGCAGUAGGUGACUUAAUCACUUCACCUGAUCAACUGAACAGACAAAAAGGACUUGAUUUAAUGGGAAGAGUGUUAUCUAAUUUAUCCUCCGACAAGCUAAAACUUAAUGAGACUACUCUAUUGUUCACUUUUUUUCAAGAUAAAUUGAACGAUGAGUUUACACUAAAGGAAACAUUCGUUGCCCUAAACUCCUUAGCUUUAAUGCAAAACAUUAGCAUCGUUGAUAUUUUAAAUACCUUAAAAUUAUUGAGCAAAGUCUAUUCUCCAACUAAUUUUUUAGCGCCAAUAAGAUAUUUGUCAUUUACAUUACUUAGAAGUAUUUUAAAUCAAUUUGAAUCUGAAUUCGUUAAUAACAAAUCGUAUUCACAGGCAUUUAUCAAGGCUUUUAUCAAGAUUGCAACAGCAGAAAAAGAUCCAAGAAAUUUAUUGAUAUCAUUUCAAAUUAAUAAAGAUAUCACAACAAAAUUAAAUGAAUAUUCUAAAGAAUUUAAGGAAGAUUUAUUUGAUGUUGUUUUCUGUUAUUUCCCAAUAACUUUUAAACCACCUAAGAAUGAUCCUUACAAAAUUACGAACUAUGAUCUAAAAUUAGCAUUGAGAAAUGCAAUUUCUGCAUCACCACUAUAUGCAGAAGAUGCAUUUAGUAACUUAACUGAUAGAUUAAGUGCUUCUUCACAAAAUGUUAAAUCUGAUACUUUAGCUACAAUUCAGGCCUGUAUCGAAAAUUUUGGUGGUGCAUAUUGUCUAAAUGAAUGGCUACCUUUAUGGAAUGCCUUAAAAUUUGAACUCAUGCACAAUGCUGAUGGGGGUGAAGUAGGAUUAGUAAUCCCAAAGGGAACAAGUAUAGAGCAAUCAGUGGCUGACUUGUCACCUCACCAAUUGGCCUUAAAUGUUAUGAAAGCACUAUCUGUUACCUUAUUAAAUUAUAAUGAAGAAGCCUAUGAUAAGUUUUUCAAACAUGUGUUAGAUGAGUUAAAGCCAAAUUUUACAUACAAUAAGGAUUUAAAACAAAGUUGUAGCUUGCUAGCUGCAAUUGCCAGUGCUUCAAUCGAAACAUUUAAUAAAGUUAUUAAGGAGACAGUACCAUUGUUUUUAGAAGAAACAUCUGAGUUAGAAAAAUUGAAACUAAUUAUCAUGAAUUUAUCAUUUUUCUUCGACGCAUAUAUUAAUGUGUUUGGUUCUGAAACCUUAACAAAAGAUUCAGCAAAAGUUCCUGCAAAUGAAUUGGGUAGCCUAAAGGAUGAUAUUUUAAUGCUUUUAAGUAAAGCAUUAACCGGCAGUUCCAAGUCUGAAAUUACAUUAAGGACUUUAUCGGUCGUUCAGUUUACUAAAUUAGUUAAAAUGAAAGAUUUUUUGGAUAAAGAAGAAGUAGCAUUAGUUGUUCAAUAUAUUUCAGAGAGCAUUCUAACAGAUUCAAAUGUUAAUAUUUAUUGUGCUUGCUUAGAAGGGUUGAAAUUAAUAAGUGAUGUUUAUGAAAAUGUGGUGUAUGAAGUUUGCUUAAAGGAAUUUUUACGCUUAAUUCCAGAAGAUCCCUCUGAAGGUAUAAAAGUGUUAGAUGAAGACGUGGAAAGGGAGACAAUCUUAAAAGUAAUAUUAGAUUUCACUACAUCUCGUCAUUGCCUUGUUAAAGAAAGUAUUAUUGGCCUAUCUCACAAACUAUUCAGUGUUGUUAAGUAUGAGAACUCCAAAUUGGAUUGCUUUAUGAUAAUAUCUACUAUUUUCUCUUUAUUCGAAAAUAACUUUGCUCAAUUUGAUGAAGAAACUGCUGAUUCAAUAAAGACAGAAAUUGAACCGUUAAUGAUAAAAUCAGCCCUUAACUAUCCAACUCUAAUGGAUGAUAACUAUAAUUUACUUUUAUUAGCGAAUACUUUAUUUUUCAUUAAUUUAAAGAUUUCAAAAACAAACUCCACUACCGAACUUUCUAAAAUAGUUAAUCUUUUUAUUGUUGAACAAAAUAUACUAGAAACACCUAGUAGAUUGGUCAUACUAUUUGUCAAAUUGCUAAGUUCUCUGGAUAAAGAAUGCGAAUUCUCACAAGCAAAUGAAAUAGUGACUAAAGUACUAUAUUUAUUGAAAGACAACAAUUCAAAGAUUACAGAAUUUGAAAAGUUAGGUUAUCUAGAGCUGUUGGCAUUAAUAUCAAAUAAAUGGUUAUGUGAUAAGGAAGUUUUAGCACAUUGCAAUUUUGUUGACAAUUCUCCUUCCAAUUUAGAAUUACUCAUCUGGUUAUGUAAAGGUUUAACAAUGAGAAAUUCUAAUAAUGCCUCAAGAUUUUAUGACCUUUUCAUCUCUUUAUUAUCUUCCUCUGAUAUUGGUUUAUAUGUGUCUAAAUGCUUCGAAAUAUUUGUUAUUGAUUUAAGCUCCUUCCAAAAAUAUAAAGGUGUAACUUGGACCAAUAAUGUUAAUAUUUUAUAUAAACAGAAGCUAUUCAGCGACAUUUUCAAGAGACUUGUAACACUAUAUCAAUCCUCAACAGAAAUGUACAUCAAGAGAAAUUGUCUGACAGCAUUAUCCCUUAUCUUAAGACAUACUUCAAGCAAACUGAUAGAACCUUACAUGCUAGAACUAUUCCCACUUCUUUUACAAGCUUUGGAAAUGCAAGAUUCAGAAGUUAAAGCAUCUGCAUUAGAAUCAAUUAAAGCUGCUGCUGAAAAGCAUAGCAAAUUAAUUGUCGAACAUUUUGACACUAUUGUUCCCUUACUAUUGACUUCAGUGUCUCCAGAACAGUACAAUAACCUUAAUGUCAGAUUGUAUUCACUUCAAUUACUUGAACUUCUAACUUAUAACGUUCCUUUAAACUAUUUGACAAAAUAUAAAGAAAAAAUUCUAAGCUGUCUAGUCCAGCCAUUAGGUGAUAAGAAACGUAUUGUUAGAAAACAAUGUGUUGUUACGAGACAAGCUUAUUUUGAGCUCGGAAAGGCAACACCACAAAUUGCUCAACAUGGCGGCCAUGCAUAA